GGUGGGUUGCAGGAGGGCGAGAACUCGAGAAUGGUAGCAGCGGUGCUAGCAAAUACCUCGUCAAUUCCGUGACUAGCUGGAGACACACACAAAAAAAACACCGUACUUUUCAUUGUUUUGAUACUUAAGUUGUUCCAGAAAACAAAACACAAAGGCGGUUUUAGUUUAGGUGAGAUUUUCCGCAUCCCGUUGUAAGGUGUAAUUUGGGAAUUACGCGACCACGGAACCCAAAGUGUAUAUGUUCAUAUCUAACGGUUAGCUGACAGGCUACCUUGCUAGCGCAGCCAUUGGGGCAAUGGCGUUGAAAAGAAUUCAGAAGGAGCUGUCAGACCUGCAGAGGGACCCUCCUGCUCAGUGCUCUGCUGGACCAGUUGGAGAUGAUUUGUUUCAUUGGCAGGCGACAAUAAUGGGUCCAAGUGACAGCCCAUAUCAGAAUGGAGUGUUUUUCCUCACCAUCCACUUCCCCACAGAUUAUCCCUUCAAACCACCAAAAGUUGCAUUUACGACAAAAAUCUAUCACCCUAAUAUUAACAGCAAUGGCAGUAUUUGUCUGGAUAUACUGAGAUCACAGUGGUCACCUGCACUAACGGUAUCAAAAGUAUUGUUGUCGAUCUGCUCCCUUCUUUGUGACCCAAAUCCUGACGACCCUUUGGUACCAGAGAUAGCUCAUACAUACAAGGCCGACAGGGAAAAAUACAACAAAUUAGCAAGAGAAUGGACACAGAAGUAUGCAAUGUGAGGUUGCCUGUGGAAUGGAAAUACAAAACGAGAACAAGAAAAACAUGUUUAUUUUGAAACCGGAGACAAAUGAACAGCGAAGGAGUACAAAACAAGCUAGACAACAGCCAACCUUGUGGAUAAGUUAUGCGUGUAUGGAUGCCAUCAGGACUUGAAGGGGCUCCUGGAAGCACUCCCUUACAGAAUAGCGGACACUUAACUCACAGCCUGGACUUUUAAACUGUUACUCCUGCAAUUAUUAUUGCCGCCAUCACACACAUCACUCACUCCUUGUCAUUUUGUUUUACUGCUCGGUGAGCAAAACGCCGGAUGGAUUUUCGCAAAGUUUUACCGCCUUGAUUUUUGGGGUACAGCCUGUGUUCCACUGUAUGUCUUCUAUUACUGUAUCUCCAUGUAUUUAGUGGCCUUUCUGUGUUCUAACGUUUCGGUCUACGUGCAAUUGAGACAGAAUGUUCCCAGUUCAACACAUUAAUGGUGCCGUGCCAUUACCAGCAGCUGAUCACAUGGCACCUACUGACUCUUAUCUAGCCCAAAACAAUGUGAAAAUGCAACAACAAAGGACUGAUCUAAUAUCACCCUUUUGUGUUUGGAAUUACGACCUGUGUAAUUGCAGGGACUGCAACGCUCCGAUUACAAUUAGGAUUUUCUCACACUGUCAUUGCUCAUAUACCCUAACAUAUUUCAUAUUGCUGGAUCCUCCUGCACAUGGCCAAGCUAUGUGUUUCCUCCUCAGUACAGUUACUCAGGUAGCCAAACUCAAUCAUCAGCCUUUCAUAAGCAGUGACCUGUGUUGAGAGAAAAUACUUUUACUACAGUUUCACUGCAACGUUCAUGAAUCAAGAUAAUGUACUGAUCAGUCCUGAUAUUUGUUGUUUUACGAAAGUAUUCAUCUUGUUGUCAGGGGGCCCACCACUGGCUCCUUGCACCCUUUACAUUUAUUUUAUGAACAAAACUUUACAACGUACAUGCUACUGAUGCUUUUGUGUUGUUGAUGCUCUAAAGUGGAACUGAAGUAAUGCUUUUUCAGGGUAAGUUAAUUUUAGUUUGACUUUUUUUUUUACAUUUCAGGUGAUGUAAAGCUCAUAAUCAUAACUACUCAUCUGCACAAGUAUAUGUUUUUGUGGUAAACCUCAGCAGUUUGUCUGGUUGCAACAUUUGUGUUGUCUUUUUUAAAAUAUUUAGUUUUAGCCUUUUCAUGUUCGUAUCAUCUGAUCAUGAUUGGAAUGUGUCAAAAAAAAUAAUGUUAGUUUGAAUAUAAUACCAAUGUUACUGUUGGAUAAACUAGUUAGGAUGUGCUAUUUUUUGUUUUUGUCAAUGUGCUGAUGCUGCCAAUAUAAAGGGAAUUAAUUAAUAGCAUAAAGGGGGAAAUGCAUCAUUGAACCCAUCCAAAAUGGUCCAUAGCAAAGCAUGAAACUAUAGUAGCUUUAUUAGAUUUUAGAUUGCAAAUAUAGUUUCUCAUUGGUAGUGGAAUGAAAAUGUUUCCAAAUGGCAGUAUAACGGUUUGAAAAGCUACACUGAAGUAAAGGUCAUUCUUUUGGUCCCGA